UUUCAGCAGCACAGCUUUAACCUCGAAACUCCUGACGUUGUCAAUAAUUUUAUUAACUUCUCAUUGCUUAGUACUGCGUAAUUUAAAUUUAACUAGGCCUAAAUCGUAACAGAGAUGAAUAAUAUGAAAUCUGAGAUAUCUUCUUAGUUCUUAAUAAGUUAGGACCGUUUGUAGUUGAUUAGUUGUGUUCGUGUGUAGUUUUGGAUUAUCUUAUCUGGAUGGUGUCUGUAAAAACCUGUCAGUUUCAUUAGUUCUUAUCGUACACGUUAUCUUUGUAAAAAAUGAAUCGAAAAAAGAAUGUGCUUGUUUCAAGCACACCUCAUCCGGAAAGAACCCGGCAUAUUGCCAGUUUGUUUGAAGACGUGGAUUUCUCUCCCAUCAAUGAACUAUCUAAGUCUAAUUCAAAGGUCCCAAAUGGUCUGCUAUUGAAAACUGUAUCUUCAAAACCAAGUACUUCGGUAAAAACUGGAGCUAUUAGGAAGCGGAGAGUUGUAAGCAAAAAAGAAACCAAACCGGAAAGUGCAACAGCUGGAGUUUUCAAGGAACUUGGAGUGGACCGUAAGGAAGUUGGUAACAAUGCAUUGUCCCUCUCUCGCAACCUUUACAACAUGUUUCCUGAGCCAAUUAUUUUGGAUUCUGACUCAGAGGAAAAUACAACAUUGGUUUUAAAACCUCCAAAAAAACUUAAGCAAGACAGUCAAGUCACAAAAUCCAGUCCAAAGAAGAAUGAAGAAAAGAAAACAAAGGAGCGAGCUCCAGGUAGCAGUAUGAUUACGAAUACACGACUAACUCGUCUUGCUGUGGGUAGCAAAGAUAAUAAAAACACUAAAUCAAAUUCAUCAGAAAGUGUUUCUUCAGUUGUAAAGGAGUUAAAAACUUCCAGCACCAAACCACAAACUGUGACCAAGCUGCCUGGCUCCCCAAGUAACAACCGUAGUUUGAUUGAAAUUGAUGAUGAUGAUGAUGAUGAGGUAUUCCCUAUUUACAAACCCGGAGCUUCUAUUCACCAAUCCUCUAAGACCAAUAAAAGAAGUGAAAAUGUACGUCUCUCACUCGAACUAGCCGAUAACUUCCCAAUACAGUGGAGGGGGAAAUGUAAAAAAACCACGGAUAUUGAUGAAAGUGUCUUGGAAUUUGUAAAUAGCGAUAUUAAUAAAAACAAAAUUGAAGAGACAAAUAAAAAGUACAAUGAACCUAGCACAAAGCCCAAACUCGGAGUGAAUGAGGAAAAUCAUUUGAACGACUUAAAACCAAGUAAUAGUGAAGAUCAUAAAGACGGGUGUGUUUUCAAAGAGAAUGAAAAUAUUGGGGCGAAAAUGAGCAAUGAUGUUCAGAAAAGUUGUGAUAAAAUAAAGUUUAGGAAAACUAGUAAAACUGAUGUUCUACAGGAGAUUGAACCCAAAGGCAGUGCUAGUAUUGAUGUAAAACCUCAAAGUAGAGUUAGAAAGGUGUCUAGUAAAGAGAAAGAAAACUCAGUUCAGAUCUCUCGGUUUGUAGAUGUUGUUUUUAAAGUUAACCACGCCAAUGGUGGAAUUAUCGCUAAAAGUCUGAAAACGGAUAAAAAUGAUGUUGGUUACUUAGAGGUUGUUCCAGAUAUAAUAUUUCAGGGACAAAAUGCAAACAUUACAUUUGUCGUAAUCGAGGGAAAAGCCAAAGUUGUCCACCUGGGAUCACAUCAUACCCUUUCUCCUGGAGAUAUGAUUCACAUAUCUUCCGAUUCUGGGUACAAGUUUGAGGCUGCAGGCAAGGGACAUGUUCGUUUACUUUACAUUAAGGCACAUUGAUAUAACAUGCAAUAGGUUGAAGAACUUGUAAAUUAUAAUAUAGGGCUGUGCAAAUCUUGAAAAGGAAUGUGUAUAGUAUAUUUUCAUGUUUAUUUAUUCUUAGAGGCUAGUGUUUAAUCAUUGAUCACGAUGUACCGUAAUAUUUUUGUUGUGUUUUUACUGUUGAAGUGUAGCCUACUUUGAAAGAGCAAACUCUGUUAUGAGGGCAGAAAACCCCAGAAUAGAAAAUGUAUUGUUAGUAAAUAAAGCUUUACCUUAAUUCUUA